AUGAACAAGUUGAUAAUAGAUCCUAAACUGAAGGCAUUGAUGGAUCCAGAUUUUGUUUAUGAUUCCGAUGAGAAUCUGAACGUGGACCAGGGUGAAACCGUGCAUGACCACGAUCCAUUGCAGGAUUUUGACCUCAGUAGAAAGUACGAUGCGGCUGUGGCGGGCGCGAUAUCGAGGGUAUCCUCUCCGUUAGGAGAUUGCGACGGUCACGUGACAGGGUCGUCUCCGAUCAUGGAUGGUAGUAGACAUUCACUUCUGCAUAAGCAUGAUCAUGGUAGUGGUCAUGGUUACAGUCACGAUCGUAGGCAUAGUCUCGUAGACGUUCACGGACAUAGUCAUGGAACCCAUGCUACGGUAGAGCCUGAUCCGGAUGAACGCUACCUAAACGAUAAUGGGACUUUCCACUACACCAGUCAAUUCCAGGCAAGAACACACGCUGACAAAUUCGACUUUUACCAGGGCCCAAAGGAGCACUUCCAUGGUGCGGUGAACAAAUCCUUAAGUCUAAGAAAUGCAGCAGUGUUUGACGAAGGUGAGUCUAACUCAACUUCAAUCAUCACAGAUCAGCAUCAUGCUCUCAAUGAAUCGACGGUAAGCGGAUCAUUCAUUCAUCAAAAUGAUGCACAUCACAUACAGAACCAUGGGCAUCUGGACUCUCAUUCAACGACUAGCAAGAAAUCUUUUUUUGAUGAUGAAAGAGGAUAUAAUGACGGAAAUGAUAACUUUACGGGAAACAAUGGCGAUAGAUACGAAAAUGGAGGUGAAGAUGAAAGCUUAGAAAGUGAUGAAUAUGAUUCUGCAAGUGACGUCUCAGAGGAAUAUGAGUCUCAGUUACAUAACCUCUUCCAUAAGAUAACUAAGUUUAAAAGCGAUUUCCACCAGCUGAUCACAAAAUUAGAUGAGGCAUCUCUGGAAUCCGCAAAGGCAAGACAGCAUUAUCUAAAUGACAUCAGUAUCAGAGAAAACAUGUUCAUGUCUGCAACGACGAAUGUGCUUCUAGAUACGGUAUCAAAACUUCUUCCACGUAAACGAACCUCAAAUGGAAUCAACAACGGAAAAAGCCGUGGAUCAAUGUAUUCUAAUCAUCCCUUAUCGUCGGAUGCUAACAGACUUCACGGUAAGACAAACAGUAACGGUACUGCUGAAGCAACAAAAAAUUCAAACCCCCACUCCAACAAUGAAUCAAUGAGCGCACUGUACAACGCAUCCCUGGAAAAUGAUCCAUGUUCUAAGCUACCUAACUUUGGUGUAAUAUUAAUCAAAUCUCCCACAAAUGUUGAACAAUUGUGGAGUGAAUAUACCAAACUGCCAUCGGACUCCAAUAUGAAAGCAUUGCUUAAAUUGAUGCUUCAGCAACAAAAUAAAGAUACCAUUAAGAAAUCGGAUAUUGCAUUAAUGAAACAAAGGAAAACGACCAUCCAAGAACUAGAGAGAAAAUGUGGAUCUUCAUGGAGAAAUAGCGAUAAAAACUUUUCGAGACAAAUUAACCGCAGGAAGAAAAUCUGGGGUUGCAUUGAACAAGGUUUGAAAGACGGGUUAUCCCUACAGACUUGUUUCCCCAUUCUUGACAAAUACGUUGAAGAAAGGGGGAAAGGUUUGUCUUGGUAUUAUAAUGGUGUUCCUUUCAAGUUAGCGGAUCUAGCACCUUCUUAUAGCACCGAAUAA